AUGAAUAGUAAAAGGGGGCCCCCAAAGGGCACUAUGGGGGCCCCUGGGGGCCCCCUGUCUUCUCCAUCACCUGCCAGGGUAUCCUGCGGGUGGAGGGGCCCCCUGGGGGGCCCCUGGAAAGGAGUGAAGGCAUACUGUUGUUUGUUGCUGUUUGUUGCUGCUGCUGCAUUUCUCUCUUUUUCGUUUGCUUCUGCUAUCUCUAUUAAGUCUGGGGAGGGGCCUGCAGCAUCUUGGGGGCCCCUCUACCCCUCGGGGGCCCCCGGGGGGGCCCCCGGGGGGCCCCCCUCCAGGGCCUUGGCGUUUCACUGGCCUGAAGAACGACAGCAACUCCUGCAGGGCAAGGGGCCCCCGAGGGCCCCCCUAACCUCUGGAGGGGCCCCCAGGGCUGGCUUGGGGGCCCCCAGGGUCCUGGGGGCCCCUAGAAGGAGGGUAAAGGGGGGGCCCGAGGCAGCUGCAAGUGUAUUACAAAAGGGGUUGGGGGGCCCCCAGGGGGGGCCCCCAGGGGGCCCCCUAGGGGCCCUCCCUUCUGAUGAUUUGUUGCUGCCGAGGGAAGGGGGAGAAGGCCGCGUUAAACCCCUCUUCCCUGAGCUGCAAACUACACCCCAAUCUACGGCCCACACAGAAAUCUCCAGCACGAAAUUCACAGACAUCCCAGAGAUACUGCCCGAGAUAGCGGCGGCCCUCGAAAAGAGAGGAAUUACGAACAUGACAAACAUCCAGGCGACAUCCUUCAAGCCAAUAUUUGAGGGUUUAGAUUUGCUGGGGCGAUCAGAGACAGGCAGCGGAAAGACCUUCGCCUUUCUCGUCCCGCUGCUGUCGCGUCUGCUGCAGCAGCCAGCAGCAGCAGCAGCAGCAGCAGCAGCAGCAGCAGCAGCAGCAGCAGCAGCAGAUAGGCAUGCAGCAAGAGCUGCAGCAAAACCCCGGCUUCUGAUCCUCGCCCCAACAAGGGAGCUGGCUCGGCAGGUGCACAGCGAGUUGGAGGCCCUCGGGGGCCCCCUGGGUUUCACUUCUCUUUGUGUGUAUGGAGGGGUACCGCUGCAGCAGCAGCUGAGGCAGCUACGACUCCUCACUGGAUCGCAGCAGCAGCAGCAGCAACAGCAGCAGCAGCAGCAGCAGCAGCAGCUGCAGCAGCGGCGGAGGGGUCUAGAUGCUGUUGUUGCUACCCCGGGCCGGCUGAUUGACUUGGCGGGUUUGGAGCCCUCUGUAGACCGCGAGGGGCCUGCAGCACUUGAUUUAAGCGGAGUGCAGCACGUGGUGCUGGACGAGGCGGACGAGAUGUUGCGGUUUGGGUUUGCUGAGGCAGUUGAUUUGAUUCUUUCUUCUGUUUUAUCUUCUCGCGCUGCAGCUGCAAGCGAUACUGAGGCGUCAGCAGCAGCUGCGGAUACACCCCAGCUUUCCCCUGUUUCCGGUGUACGUACACCGCAACUGCAGCAACAGCAGCAGCAGCAGCAGCAGCAGCAGCAACAACUCCUCCUCUUCUCCGCCACACAACCCAACUGGGUCCGCAAAGUAGCCGAAAAAUUUCUCAAAAAUCCACAAACUGUCGACGCGAUGCUCAACCGAACCGUCAGAACAGCAUCGACCGUGCGGCACGUGCGCAUGGAGGUUCCCGCGGGCUGCGUGGGCUCUUCUUUGUGCGCUUUGCUUCAUGGUGUUGUUUCUUGUUUCACAGAUGCAAACAAACAAGCAAUAAUAUUUGUAGGCCGAUACAAAACGCUGAUUUGCACGGAUGUUGCAGCAAGGGGUGUAGACCUCGGCAACGUAGGCCUGGUGGUUCACUGUGGUGUAGCGCACGAUAGCGACGUGUUUAUACACCGCAGCGGCCGCACAGGAAGAGCAGGGAGGCAGGGGUUGUCUCUGCUGCUGCACUCGCCUGAAGAAAGAAAAGAUGUUAGAGCCCUAGAAGCCAACUGCGGUAUUCGAUUUGAAUACAGAGAACUGCCGAGCGCAAACGAGGUCCUGGCGGCUACUUCUGCAUGCACUACCCGGCAGCUCGACGAUGUGCGUCGCUCUGUACUACCUGUCUUUUUACCUGCUGCUGAGGAUUUGCUGCAACGGGCGGAGAAGGAAGGAGUGCAGCAGCAGGAGGUGCUGGCGCGGGCCCUUGCUGUUGCAGCUGGGCUGAAGGAGAUGCCGAGCACCUCUCUCCUUACCUGGCGGAGAGGAGACACCACGCUGCAACUAAAAAAAGAAAGUGAAUGGACAACAACGCAACAGGCAGAAGACUGGUGA